AUGUCAGCAAUUCGCUUCUGUCUGUUUCUCAUCUUUUGUCCGUAUAGAAUCCUUUCUGCACCGAAUGUUGGUAGUCGUCAUAUAGGCAACGGUUUUCAUACACGUCUUGAAUACUCAAUCGAUCCGGAUCCAGCAUCACCGGCUCAAUGUUUAUUCGUAUGGCAUCGUUUACCACCUUACUUGUAUAUCGAACCAGAUGAAUUACAUCACCUGAAUGCGGUUAUUCUAGGCUCAAUUAAUAUCGAAGCAUCAGCGUCGCAAUCGCACCCAUUUGCGUAUUGUUUUAUUUUAUACAAUUCAACGAAAGUACCCUUUCAACAAACGCAAUCAUUUUCAUUGAAUAUUCAUAGUCGAUAUCUCGAUCCGACUGUCGAUGAACAUCAAGUCGAUGAAACACUAACAUUACCUGAACCUGUCAUACAUUUUACAUCGAAACCGUGUCCUUAUUUAGGCAGAGGAUGUCCGGCACCAAUAGCUGAGACAGGUAUUGAAUCUCCAAGAGAUUUAACUGUCACUAUUCCAGUUGGCCAACAGAACCAUGUAUGUGGACGAGUACAGAAAUGA